AUGGAUUAUAUAAAAGCUUAAAAUUUGUAAAAUUGCUACAAUAAAAUCUAAUUGACACACAAGGAAACAAUCCUUUAAUUUUUAAAAACUCAUAACUAUGAAUAUGAAAAAGAGAUAAUAAAUAAUCGCUUUUCGUCUGUAUUUCUAGCUAAAUCCUAUAUUGAUCAUAAUAAUGUAGCAAUUGAAAUACUACAUAAUGAAUAAAUAUAUAAAUUAAAUCAUAAAAAGCUUGAUAAAUGCAUAUAAAUUUUAGAAAAUUUCAUUGAUGAGAAGUAUUUUCUUUAAUUUAAUUAAUCCAUUUUAGAUUUGUAGUAUGGGAUUGUCGCUAUUGUGACUUAAGCUUAUGAAAAAAAUCUAGCUUGUAUCCUUGAGAACAAUAGACUUACAAUGAGCUAGAUAUACGCUUUAACAUAUUAACUACUAAAAGGAGUGCUUUUAUUGUAAGAAAAAGGAAUUGUGAUAAAAGAUAUUUAGCCAUCAAAUAUUCUGUUUAGCUCUACUAAGAAUUAAUUUUUGCUAACUUAUCAUAGAUUUUAUAAAUUUGUAGAAAGUUCUUAAAAAGAAUAUUAAAAAAGAAAUUUGAAUUACCUGUCACCUUAAGUUAUUGAUAAAAUAAAACCAUAUUCUUCUUCAGAUGAUAUUUAUUCUGUCGGAGUAAUUAUCUUAGAAGCUUUACUUUAAAGGAAACUUUAAGGUAUGGAGUAUUUAAAGCUAAAAAGUUAAAAUUUACUAAGUGUCCUUCCUGAACUUAAAAGUCAUGAAAGCCAAGAAUUUAUUACAAAAAUUUUAUGUAGAAUGAUAGAUCCAGAUUCAAACAAAAUUAGUUAACCUAUAGUCCUACUAUAGCAAUUAAAUAAAUUAAAAGUAGAUGAAAAAUAGCUAAAAUUCCUAAAUUUAAAGGAUAUUGUUUAAUGCAAAGAAGAAAUUAAAUAAGAAUUAUAGUAAAUGGAACAAGCGGAAAAUUAAGUUCAAAUUUAAUAAUAAAAACUAUUACAGUUUUAAGAAUAAAUAAAAAUUGAAGAGCAAAAUUUAUUAAAUGAUUACACAAGAAUGGUAAAAUCUCAUUAUUAAUCUAACUAAACAGAAAUAGAUUAAAAUCAAGCAUUCAAACAAGCAAAAUAAAUAGAGAAACAAAAUAUAGAUAAAUAAUAUGAUGAAAACUUUAUAUCAUAAGUCUAGGAUUAUAAAGUAAAAUCAAAUAUUUAAAGCUUAGUAUAAGAUUAAGGUUUAUAAACGAAUUUGAGUGCUUAGAAUCAGUAAAAAUAAAUAGAAUUUAUUGAGAUAAAUGAUGAUAGCGAUGACUUAGAACUAAAUUCAAUAUAUUUAUAAAAUAUUAAAACAGAACCUGAAUAGAUUUAAAGUAAAAAUUAACUAAUUUAAAAAUAGGAUUAUCAAUUUUAAAAUAUAGUUUAAAGUGAUUAAAAUAAUGAAAAUCUUUUGAAAAAAAAUCAAAAAGAUUUAGAUAAUGAUAAUUUAGCUUAUCUAGAUAUUAAUAAAUAAUAAUAAUAAACUUUAAAUUCAUUUUUGUUUGAAUCUCUUCCAUAAACCCAGCUUAAUCAAAAAAAUCAAGAAAAUGACAAAUAAAUAUUAUAAAAUAACCUAAUUGAAGAAUAGCCAACAUCUCUACUUGAAAUUUAAAAUAUAUUAAGUAAAAAAAUCUAGGAAACUAAUUAAAGCUUAAGUUUAGAAGUACAAGAAUAGAAUGAAAAUAAGUUGUUAUAAGAUUCUUCCAAAUAAAUUGUUUUUUAAUUAGAUUAAAAACCAAAUACAAUUGAAGAAUAAAUGGAUAAAAUAGAAAAUAAUAAAGAAAUAAAAAUUGAUAAGAUCACAGAUAUAUACAAAUCAGAAAAUUAUGAAAUAGUUGAUUUUGAUUUCAGAAAAAAUAGAAUAUAUGGAUAAGGCGCUUAAUUUCUUGGAAUGGCGUUAUAAAGAUGCUAAAAAAUGACUUACUUACAUUUAAAUUUUUAUGCUGAAAUUAAAGAUGAACAACAAUUUUAUUACAAUUAAUAAAUAGAUAAAAUUGGAGACUAAGAGAUUAUCGAAAUAACUAAGGCCUUAUAAAAAUGCACUAAUUUAACAUCACUGAAGAUUAAUUUAUGUAACAAUAAUAUUGGAUCCAAAGGUGCCUAAAUUUUAGGAGAAUAUUUAAAAGAAUCUUAAAAUUUUUUAUUUUUAAGUCUUAAUCUAAGCUAUAAUUAUAUAAAAGAAGGGGCUUUAUAUAUAGCUUAAGCAUUCACUAAAUGUUAAAAUUUAGUUACUUUAGAGCUCAAUUUAAGAAAUACUUGCAUCUAAUAAAGAGAGUUUGAUAAGAUUUGUAAUGAUAUAGCAAAAUUAACAAAUAUUAAUUUUUUAGAUUUGGAUAUCAGCUAAAAUUUUAAAUAAAAUGCAAUGAAUCUUGAUGAAUUAUCCUUGAUCUUUAAGAACAAAAACUUAAUUACUUUAAGCCUUUUAUUUGACUAAAAUUUAAUCAUCUAAAAUGAUCAGUAGAAAUUUAUGAAGGGUGUAGAAAAUUGUACAAAUUUAGUCUCUUUCUCUUUAUCUUUUUAGUCUAUAUUUGAAGGAUAGUAUUUAAAUAUUCAAGUACAAAAUUAUGUGUCAACAUUAAUAUAAUCUUUAUGUCUUGGAAUUCAAAAAAUGGUAUCUCUCUCUUCGCUUUCGCUUGAUCUUAGUUGUAACGCUUUACAAAUAGAUUAAAUUAAUACAAUAUCCGAGACUUUAAAAAAAUGCUAGAAUAUAACAUCUUUGAGUCUUAUUUUGAGAUAAAAUUGGGUUGAUGUUGAAAGCUUAAAAUAUAUUGGAAUUAGCUUAGAAUAGUGCCAAAGAAUAGAUAAUCUAGAACUCAAUCUAUAAGAGAAUAAAUUAGGCUAAUAGGGUCUUGAAGAUUUUUCAUUGAGCUUAUCUAAGUGCACCAAUUUGUAAAAACUUAGAAUAAACUUUAGCUAAAAUAAUAUUGGCAGUAUGGGGGCAAUUUUGAUUGCGCAGAGCAUAUAAAAAAUAUAAAAUUUGAAGCAUUUAAGCUUGAAUCUAAACUCAAGCAAAAUAGGGUCUGAGGGUGCAAAAAGCAUAGCCCUUAAAUUAUAAACUUGUAUAAAUCUCACAAAAUUAGAACUUUAUUUAAGUAAAAAUAAUCUAACAACAAGUUCAGUGCAAUUAUUAUCUUUUUGCUUAAAAAAUUGUACAAAUAUUAUUGAUUUAAUUCUAGAUUUAAGUAGGAAUAAGCUUUAGAAUUAAGUAGCGAACAGUAUUGGAGUUAUUUUUUCAUAAUGCUUGAAUAUAAAAUAAGCUGAUUUACACUUAGAGGGAAACAGUUUUGAUAAAUAAGGGAUUAAUGAUAUUUUAAGCCACUUUCAAAAUUGCAAAUCUCUUACCUAUCUUUAUUUAAGUCUAAAUUAUAAUAGCUAACAAAUUACAUAUUUCAAACUAAAUAAAUUAUCAAUUGAUAAUCAAAUUACUAAGAUAGACAAGCAGAGCUUUAAAUAAUUAUUGUUAUAAAAAUGCUAAAAAUUAAAACAAUUAUAUAUUAUUUGA